AGAUACCCCGUCCAUCUAGCGGUCGUAAAGCGUGAAUUUAAAAAAACCAUGCCUGAGAUGAGCAACCUUGAUUCCUACCCUCCAGUCUUUCGCCAUCUCAACGGUGCUCCCCAGAGAGCUGCUGAACUGAAAAACGCCAUGGAAGACACUCAGGGUUCGGUUCCUAUUCCCGUGGUAGAUCUUCAGUUUCUUAGCCUGGAUAAGCUUGGAGAGGCUUGUAAAGAUUGGGGACUUUUUCGUUUGGUCAACCAUGGGAUUCCUCCAAGCCUUUUGAGCCAACUUCAAGACCAUGCCAAAAAGUUAUUUGCUCUAUCCUUUGAAUCCAAGCAAGCCCUUCUCACAAGCCCUAUGUCUUACUUUUGGGGCACCCCUGCCCUUACCCGAUCCGGGGAUGCCCUAAGGGGUGCCUUAAAUAUCAACUGGUUGGAAGGCUUAAACGUUCCACUCAGUCAACUACCACAGUUCCAAUCUGAAGAUCCUAUGCUAGAUUGUUUCAGGCUUUUGUUGAAAGAAUAUGGAAGGCACCUCGCAAGAAUUGCUACGACCUUGUUUGAAGCAAUGGCGAAGGAUCUCGAUCUGGAUCCUAAACAAUCCCAGUCUUACUUGGCAGAAUCCACUGGAUUCGUACGUGUUUACCGCUAUCCAUCUGGCUCCAUGGCUGAUGAGGCUUGGGGCAUGAUCGCACACACUGAUAGCUCAGUGCUUUCUAUAGUGAGCCAAGACCAAGUCGGGGGACUCGAAAUUUUCAAGGACAAUAAAUGGCUCCUGGUUAACCCAAUCCCAAACACUCUUAUAAUCCAUGUUGGUGACAUGAUGCAGGCUAUAAGCGAUGACGAAUACAUCAGUGUGAAACACAGAGUGAGAGUGAACAAGCGCGAGGAGCGGUUCUCAAUUUGCUACUUCGUAUUCCCAGCAGAAGGCAGUGUCAUCCACAGCUCAAAGUACAGGCCUUUCACUUACACAGAUUUCCAAGAACAAGUGCAGAAAGACACCAAGACUCUAGGAUAUAAAGUUGGGCUCGAAAGAUUCAGGCUUAUUGCAGAUGGUUGAUUAGUCCUUAGCGAUCAUGGGUUCUUUCAUUUAUGGUGUGCUUUUCUAGUUACUAGUUAAUUACGGAAAACGUUAGACUUCAACGUCUUAAUCCCAUGUUUCCUGCCCUAUUCCUGGGAUCAUGACUAAGAGUGUGCAGCAGAAGUUUGAUUAUGGAAAAUGCGUAUCUCAGUGCUCAUUGUGUGUUCUGUUCUUUCCAUUCUUGACCAAAGGCCUGCCCUAAUAUAAAAUAUGUCAGAGGAUAUGGAAAAACUACUAGCUAGCAGUGGAAUGUGGAACCCUCAAGAACUGAAGAUGUAGACAAAGGAUUGGCUGCUCUUUGCCUCUCAAUAAUUAAGUUAGCUACUUUGUGGACAAAUAGAGAGAUAGGGUUGGGCUGCUUUCAAUAUGUCGCCAGAAAGUAGGUCUGCAAACCCGUUGUUACCUUCGUGUACUUGGGCAGUUAGGCUGCAUUUAUCUCCAGCUAGCUAAAGUUUUAUUAUUGAAAUCAAGGCUGAAGCAUUGACUUACCAACCAUGAUAAAAUGGUAUAAAUAAUUUGAAUCCC